AUGCCCGCGGGGCUGGAAGCCCGCUGCGCCGUCCCCGGCCGGCUCCGGGCGCUGCCACCGCCCCCCGAGCAUCUGACGCGGAGCCCGGCACCGGGAGCCCCGGGCCAGGAAGCUGUCAGGCAGGGGAGGGCCAGCGCCAGCUGUGGACGUUCCGGGACAGCCCCUCACCCAGUCCCUGUCCCUGCCCUGCGCGCGGCGCAAACGCAAAAGCCUCCGUGGCUGCAACUCCAGCCCCGGUGGCCGCCCGACCCCUGUGGGGACCCUGGCUGCACCCACUGGAGAAGCGGCGCCUCCGGCUCCCGAGGCGGCGGCGGCUGUUCCUCGGUCCCGGCUGCGGCAGCCGCUGCCCCACUCCUCCCGCAGCUGCCCCAGCUGUGGCCGCCUCUCCGCCCGUGGCACCCACAGUCUCUGCCGCGGCUCCCGCGGCCCCCUCCUUUCCCCACCUCUUCAAGUAUCGUCUGCGCAGCGGUUUCUCGCGAGAGAAAUACUUUUUUUAAAAAAAGAAAGAAAAAGAAAAUGACACCCCCUCCUACAUCCCCCUCAUCGCCACCCCACCCCUCGGCCCCAUCCAUCCUCCCUUUCCACUCCCCUUUGCCAGCCACCGCCUCGGCGCAGGGGCCUCCCUUGCUCACAGGAUUAGCGCAGUUGGGAGGAGGCAGAGGUGAUCAGGUUCUGUCCGGCCUGGGAUUUUUCGUUUUGGGGUGA